ACAUCUUGUUUUUUAUUUAUUUUAUUUGUCAAGAAAACAAAAUUAAAGAAAGGAAGAGGAAUUGGAGUAGUCUAAGUAGUAACCUAACUGGUGCGGAGAUGGGAGUGAGGUUUGGGAACUGGUUUGAGCACCGGAAACCUCAGUGACACUUUCAAGAACCACCACCACGCCCAACCCAUCGACUUCGGCUGAAUUCCAUUUCCCUAAUUCCCGCAAAUGGGUGCUAGGGUUCCCGUGCAGCACUACAAUCUCAACUCCCCCUCUUCCUUCAUCGAGAGCCCUCUCCACGUCCUCAACGCCGUCGACGCCCGAACCGCCGCCUCCGCCAUCGACAACCCCAACGACGAUUCCGCCUCCGCCGUCGAUUGCAUGAAUGAAUCGCAUAGGAGCUGUUUGCCGCUUCACAGUGUGGAGGUAGACGAGGAUCGCGCUAGUCUAGACACUAACGAGUCUUCUAGAACUACCUCUUAUGAUAUCUUGACCGCUGAGGAUAUUUCGCCAAUUGAAUCAGCAAGGGCAAGGUUUUUGCAAAUUAUCGUGGAUCAUUUUAUUGAUGACCGUGUGAUUGAGGUGCCUGAUUCUGAGGCUGAUUACGCUGGCCAAGACAAAAUGAGUAAGAGGAGGACAAGAGAGAUCCAGUAUGAAGGAGACCCAAAUUUCACUCUGCCUUUGAUGUAUGUGGCAAAUAUGUAUGAAAGUUUAGUUAGUGAUGUGAAUAAUAGGCUUGCUUCCUUGAAUGGUAUUCGGGAGAAGACAAUAGGGGUAGCCCUUGAAGCUGCUGGUGGUUUGUAUAGAAGACUGGCUAAGAAAUUUCCUAAAAAAGGACCAUGUACAUUUAAGAGAAGAGAAUUGGCGACUUCUAUGGAAACGAGGACAAGGUUCCCAGAACUAGUUAUACAAGAAGAGAAACGUGUUCGCUUUGUGGUAGUUAAUGGAUUAAGAAUUGUUGAAAAACCAAAUAACAUGCCGAUUGAUGACGCUGAGUGGUUUAAGAGAUUAACAGGUCGGAGUGAAGUUGCUAUCUCAGCCAGUGAUUACAAAUUUUACUCUCCAAGACACAAGUAUAGGCGUGGUGCAUCGAUUUCACUUUCAAAUAUCCAAGAUAUCCCUAGUUAUCCUGGAGCAGAAAAUUCAACUGCAUUGGCUACUCCUCAAGGAUUUCACUCACCACAAAAUCAGCAGCAAACACCAUGUAAACAUCAAUUGCAGUCAUUGCCACAUCAACCUCAGUUUCACCCAGUUCUCCAGAACAAUCAAACUAUGCACCAAAGUCAGCAUGCAGGGCCCUAUUCUCAUAACCCUCAAAGUGGUCCUCCUUCACACCUACCUGAAAUUUCUCAUGCUCACCAGCCAAUAUCAAUAUCUCAACACAUGGCUUGCUUACAGCCACUCACUGGUGGCCAUGUUGGAGGACAUGGAGGGCGCUUGCAUAUGCUGCCAACAACUCCUGCAAAGUUUUGUGAUGAAUGUGGGGCUCCAUAUCUGAGGGAAACAUCUAAGUUCUGCUCCGAAUGCGGCUCGAAGAGGUUAGGAACAUAGCAGGUUUAGACAUGUUUUACUACUCCAUUCCCAUAUAGCAUUUGUCCUCAACAUUUUUUUUUGUCACAGGUGUACUCAGGUUUUUUAUAUUAUUAGUUUUCAUAGUAUUUUUUAUGUUCUGAAAAAUGUAUUUAGCCUAAGAAAGAGUAUAGUUUUCACUUGAAAGGUGUGGUCUGGUAAAUAGUUGUAGAUAUAUCUAUUGGGUUUGCACUUGUGUGAGCUUUAUGAACCGGAAUGCAGAACUUCAAGAAGCCGUGAAAUUGACAAGCUUGUUUGUUUUUAGCUUUUCUCUGUUUUAGUAAUAGGAUACUCUAACGUACUAUAUUGGUUUCAAUUAACUACACGGGUGUGGUAAAAUCAUGCGUUGUAUAUUUCUGAAGGGAUUGUGUGUUGAAUUGGAAGAUUUUGCAGUUUGUACACACAAGAAGCUCGAGAUUUGUUUUGGUUC